AUGCCUGCUGUUUAUUAUCAAGGUCUCCAUGCACUGCUUCACUACAUCUACACUGGCUGGACCCGGAUUCCACAUGAACAACUAGAUUUAUUGAGGGCUUUAAAUCUACAUUUUCUACUGUGGAUCUUGGAGUCACUUGAGGAGUCAAACCCGAUCAACAAUUGGUUAAGAUCUGAAAACCGUUCUAAAGAGGAAAGCAAUAUCGGAACUGCCUCGAAAAGCACACUUCCUAUUGAGGAUCUCAGUCCUGAAUCAUGCUCACAAUCCUUCAGGUUUGAAAGAUAUUUAGAAAGAGCUUCAGAAAUCUACAUUACGUGGAGUUUGAGAUUGAUGACUCAAGUAAUGGUGAUGCAAUGUUUCGAUCCAACAGAAGAACAGCAUCAAGAUGAUAAUAUGACUCAAGAUUCUUCUAGAGUGGACCAAAUUCUGUUAGCAAUUCCUGCAUUAUCAGCUGUUAGAACAGUUGAUGAGCCCUAUAUGGGUCACGAGUUCGUAUCAAGAGCUGAAGCACACGUGUUUUAUAAUGCAUAUGCUACACGUGUUGGAUUCGUCAUACGUGGAGAGCAUAUGCUAAUUUUUUGGUGA